AUGGAUCUCAGUGGAUACGUACUAAUACUCAAAGAAACUGAAGAUAAUAAAGCCAAGCUUUUAGGCUCAAAAGUCGACCGCGCGGAUUUCGAAACAGGUGAUGAAAUAUUCGCAAUUAAUGGACAGCAAAUUGCAGAAAUGACUCGCGACGAUUUAUUAUCUUAUCUCUACCAGUGUAUUGUUACAAGAACCAUAUGCAUGAAUUUAAAACCUCGAGUAAAAAAAGUCGUUACCACCAGCAUAGACUCGGCAGGUUCCGAUCUAGGUCAAGUUCAUGAUGCCUUCUUCAUCGGAAUUGAAGAUGAAGCCAAAGAACGGUUGGAACGGCUGGCGGCUAGCAAACGUAUCACACCAGUUGACAUUACUAAAUUGGCUCAUCAGUUGAUGCGUCAAUUGCAUCCGACAGCCGAACUCAACGAUUUUUUAGACAAUAAGGUACACAGUGGUCGUGUCGGUUCUUCAUGCCCACCGGACAACGGAAAUAAAUUAACCGAACAAGCCGACCCCAAAUUAUCUAGGAGACCUAGUUCACCAUUCAAUAAUGGUCAUACCGAGGUUCUUAUCUGCAAAGAUGUCACCGAUAGUAAUAAUAGACUGAAAGCUGUCGACGAGACCAACGAAACUCAAAACUGGUCUCGUCGUAGAAGUGGCGGGGGAUUGGUUCGCGUGGGUAGCGAAGUCGGUACGCUGGAAAAAAAGCGAGCCGUCGAAGACGUGACAGGCGAAACGCUGGACAUGAUGGUCAUGAUGAGCGCGCUGGACAACGGGCCGCACCGCGAGAUGGCCGUCGACGUUCCGGACUCGUUUAUCGCCCGCAACAAGACGCCGCCGAGGUACCCACCGCCGUCCAGGGCGAACCGCACACCCGGAAUCCAACAGAACGGUUCUGCGGUAUCAGAGAGACACGCGGCCCCGCCACCUCCACCGCCCAGGUCCGACGUGAUCAAACAGCAGCUUCACCAAGCCAGCAUCAACAACAACACGAUCGUUACCAUAUCGUCCACUGAGCCCACUAAGGAGCAGUUGGAGAGCAUCAAGAAAUACCAGGACGCGCUGCGGAAGCGAAAAGAAGAAGAGGACAGGGUCGCUCAACAAAACGAAUUUCUCAAUCGGUCGAUGAGAGGGUCGAAAAAACUUCGGGAGCUCGAACACGAACCUCCGGAAACGGGAAUCGUCAACGACGGGUUUUCGUCGGAACAGGACGAGGACAACAACCGCACCACCAUCGGUGCGGUGGACGACGCCGAAGAAGAAUCGCAGGAUCCGUACGAGCCGAUAUACAGGGUUGUGGGGUACGGUGAACUGAUAGCCGCGCUCCAGAGGGUUCACUUGCAGCUGAAAAAGAACGGGAUCUACAUCAAUGGCAAGUCGGAUCCAGACGUGGCCGUGAUCCAAUGCCUGUUGCUGAAUCCGGAUUUCGUCCGCGUGCUGUCCGUGCACAACAAGGUGCAGCAGUUGUGGUCUCCCACCACGACCAAGAGGCCGGUGACUCCGGAAGCUCAAAAUUUGGUCCGAGACUGUCUCGAGAACAUUCACAACAGUGACUUGCCCGAAGCAUCGGAACUCGCUAAACUAUUGUCCCAGUACGAAAUCGAAGGCGUGCUCUGGGCCCACGACACCAUAGCUCAGGACGUGUUGCCGCAAGACGACGAGGCUACUACCGAGGUAACGGUCACGUUACCCGCGGACGAUUCAUCGAUGUACAACACCGACCAACAUCCUCCCAACAUCACAAUAAUCAAUAUCGAAAAAACCAACGAACCAUUGGGCGCCACUGUUCGAAACGACGGUGAUGCGGUGAUCAUCGGCCGAAUAGUCAGAGGUGGGGCUGCCGAAAAAAGUGGACUGCUCCACGAGGGCGAUGAAGUGUUGGAGGUGAACGGUGUAGAAAUGCGCGGCAAGUCCAUAAAUGAUGUCUGUGAUAUCCUGUCGGUGAUGACUGGACCUCUCACGUUCAUGAUUGUACCGAGUGCUAAUCGGGUUACAUACCAGAACAUAAACGGGAACCGAGAAAAUUUCAUCAUGCAUAUGAAAGCUCACUUCGAUUACGACCCCGAAGACGAUGGUUACAUCCCAUGCAGAGAACUGGGUAUUAGUUUCCAAAAGGGUGAGAUCUUACAUGUUAUAUCUCAGGAAGACGCCAACUGGUGGCAGGCGUUCAGAGAGGGCGAAGAAGAUCAAACACUGGCCGGUCUUAUACCAAGCAAAUCUUUUCAACAUCAGCGUGAAGCAUUAAAACAAACCAUAACCGGCGAGAAGCCUGACAAGAAUAAACCCAAAAAACAAAAUACGCUUCUCUGUGGCAAAAAGAACCUGAAAAAAAGGAAAAAGAAGUCACUGUAUCAAGACGGAGGUUACCCCAUUUAUUCGUCCAACUCUGAUGAAUAUGAAGCCGAAGAGAUACUGACCUAUGAAGAAGUGGCCUUGUAUUAUCCACGGGCAAAUCAUAAGAGGCCAAUUGUGUUGAUUGGCCCACCUAACAUUGGCCGUCACGAGCUCAGGCAGAGAUUAAUGGAAGACCGUGAUAGGUUUGCAGCUGCUAUUCCCCAUACUAGCCGAGCGAAAAAAGACGGUGAAAUAGACGGUCAAGAUUAUCACUUCAUCACUAGGGUUCAGUUUGAAUCGGACAUUCUGUCGAGGAAGUUUGUUGAACACGGCGAAUACGAGAAAGCUUAUUACGGCACGUCGCUGGACGCCAUCCGGUCGGUGGUCAACUACAGUAAGAUAUGCGUGUUAAACCUACACCCGCAGUCGUUGAAAAUUCUCCGGAGUUCCGAUUUGAAGCCCUUCGUCGUGUUUGUAGCUCCACCGUCCUUGGAAAAACUACGCCAAAAGAGACUAAAGAACGGCGAACCUUACAAAGAGGAAGAGCUGAAAGAGAUCAUUGAAAAGGCGAGGGAAAUGGAAGACAAGUUCGGCCAUUACUUCGACAUGAUCAUCAUCAAUAACGACACCGAGAGAGCGUAUCACCAGUUAUUAAACGAAAUAAAUAGUCUAGAAAGAGAACCGCAAUGGGUGCCAGCUACUUGGGUAAAAACCGCGUCAUAG